GCUUUCCCCGGGCAGCUUCUCCAUUCCGGCGCGUUGAGGGUGUGUUGAAAACGUUAUUGCGGUCUAGAAAUCGCAACUUGCGAGAUGCCGGUUCCCACCCUGAAGAGUAGAAAUAAUUGCUGUGUGGUUGGAUGCAACAGCACCUACAAAAAUUCGCCCGAUACGAAGUUCUACGGGUUUCCCGGUAAGUCCUACGAGACAGAACGCCGCGCGGUUUGGGCGCGACUGGUCCGUCGAUGCAACGCCGAUGGAACGACUUGGACCCCUACCCCGAAUUCCAAAAUUUGUAGCAAGCAUUUUUUGGGGAAUGAAAAGCGAAAUGAGGAAGCCCACCCGAGCUACAACCCUUCGAUCUUUCCAUCGCCGUACAAGAAGAGAGUGGUACUCGGGGUUGCUGAACGACACGACAGGCAACUGAAAAGGGUCGAAGAACAAAGGCGUGUAACACCGUGUACAGCUGCACCUGAAGUUGAUUUACCCAUGGAGCGGCAACCAGCAGAGGAGCCAGCACCUGCUCCAUUAACAGCCAGUGCUUCCACCAUGACAGAAGAUGAUGGAGCAAGCUUCUCACCAUGCACCCUGUUUCUUUGCUGUAACAUGGGGGGAGAUGUCUCAACCCUUGUCUGCCAUAAGACAGUAGUGGACGAAGGGUGUGGGCCAGACACGGUGUCAGUUUGCGAUAGGGGAGCUGGGCCAGUGUACAAAGAGCCCUUCUUCACUGGGUACAAGUCUGUGUGUGACGACGAGGCAAUGUUAACAAGGUUAAGUUCCGCAUCAUUUUCUUUAUUUGCUCUGUUGUUGAGCUUAUUUCCAGAUACCUCGAGGAGGCAAAAUGAACUGUCAAGCGAGAAUCGGCUCUUACUAUUUUUGAUUAAGUUAAAACAUAAUGUACCUUUUUCGUGCCUAGGCAUUUUGUUCAGUAUCCAUCGUACGACGGCAGCACGAAUAUUCAGGGUUACACUUGAAAUCCUCUGCGCCAGAACAAGAGACUGGAUUUGGGGGCCGAGAAGAGGUGCUGUCCAGGCCACCAUGCCACCAAGCUUCAAAGUUCAUUAUCCUCUUUGCAGGGUAAUAAUAGACUGCACGGAGAUGAGGGUGGAGAUGCCUCCGUCAGUCGAGAAGCAAAACCUUUGGUAUUCGCAGUACAAAGGGUGCUAUACUGUUAAGUACUUAAUUGGAGUCGCACCUAGUGGUCUUUUGACGUUCCUUUCAGAUGGAUUUGGUGGGCGGACAACUGAUACUGCUAUCACAAUUGAGUCUGGUUUUUUGCACAAACUGCAGCCCGAUGAUGUCGUCCUGGCCGACAAAGGGUUUCCAGGCAUAGUAACUGGCGUUGGUGCUAAGAAAGCAACACUGGUAAUGCCACCAUUUGCAUCAGGAGUGCAGUUCACAGAGGUUGAGGUAGACUCAACAUACGAGACAGCUUCUGUCAGGAUUCAUGUCGAGAGGGUAAUUCAAAGAGUGAAAAUUUAUACAAUAACCCAGCGUGUUUCGCAUCAUUUAAUUCCACACCUGGACAACAUUAUGCAUAUCUUGUGUGUACUCACCAAUCUGAGGCCGGGUAUAUUUAGGCCUCGGUAAAGUGCAGAUCGUCCGUAGCUUUUGGAGGUAGUCUAGCAGUGUGUAGUGUCCAUCCGCAGGCUAGCCUCGAGGUUCCGGCUGGAGAAGUGCUACUAGAUGCUUUGAGCUGCUUGCCAGUUUAGGGAAGGAAUUGAAGGGCAAUUCCGUUUUAUCUUUGGUGCAACUUGUGGGUUUCAGUGCGCUCAGGGUGGCACAACCAAGAACUAGCAUGUGUCCCACGUAGCAUGCAUGCCCUGUAGAAUGACUGCUAUGUCGCACAUGCUUUUCAAUCGUUUUACCGCAAAGCAUCGAAUAGAAACUCGGAGGCAGUACAUCUACACAACUGUGCACAGUAUUGGGAAGAACAAUAAUUUACUUUGGGAUUCAGUGACGUUGAGUGUACUGAGUACAGUCAAACUCAAAUUAACUAGAACAGAUUUGCCCUUUGAUAUACCCAGUGAGUUCAUUCCAUUUCAGUUUGACUGUGAAAUUGCCUUCAUCCCCUCGGAAUGAUAAGCAACUGUUCAAAACAUGCAUGGCACCCCCACCCCUUUGUCCCCUUACCUGAAAUGCCUUGCUGCAAUGCAUAUGCUCUGGAUUUUCAUUCUGUGCUUGUGCAACUGUUCAUGCACUGAAAAAAAAAGAGAUUCUUGUUUUUCCUUAUAGUCGGGAUUUAUUGAAGUUGCUCAAUUGUUAUGUGCCUGGUUUCAAGCAGAAAGACAUUCUUUCUUAGCUCAUCUUGAAUGGAGCGCAACGAGUUCUCCUAAGUAGUACUUGAAAUAAAAUGACCGUAGCUUCGGAAUUGCUUCAGAAAGGAAUUCCUCGUCACGCUUGAUGUUGAGCGUCUUGUGGCCUACAGAGCAGUACAAAUAUAGAUCGCACUCUUCA